GAUAACUCUCCUCCACGACCCGUAAUCGCAGUUGCGUCCGUGUCACUCGGUUAGGCGCGUCGACUGAUUCGAACUCUCUUGCCAUGUCGCGGUUUCUUCUGCUCUUUUCGCAAGUCGUUAUUCUGUUUCUUUCGGCGAGGGCCUCGUCGGAGGUGAAGGAGCCGACCUGCCAGGACAACGGCAACGUUACAACGUUACAACGUCUUGGUUACAACGUUUGUCACUACAAGGGGGUCCUCGUCGAAGUUACGCAAAGCCGUUUCGAGGACCGAUUGGACCUUAGGGACCUGGACCUCUUGGCGAUUCGAGAGAACGCCUUCAAAAACGUGUCGGCGACGCACUUGGAUCUAAAUCAAGGCAACCGGAUAUCCUUGCUGACGAGGGAAUCCUUCCGCGGUUUGCCCAACUUGGAGCGCCUCGACUUGGAUAUCAAUGUAGUACCGUUAUCGGCGUACUUGUUCGCGGAUUUGGGACACUUGCGGUCGCUGUCGUUGAACUUCAACAAGAUCAAUUCGAUACCGAAGGACUCGUUUGCCGGCUUGUCAAGCCUGAUUGAGCUCCACCUAGGUCUCAACGAUAUCGAAGCGAUCGAGGCGGAAUCCUUCUCGAAUCUUAAUCCCAAACUGCUGGGCCUUUGGCUCCACAGGAAUAAAAUCUCUCGCGUCGCGCCAGUUGCCUUCGCCGGGUUAACCGAAUUGAAUAGACUCCACUUGGGUUACAAUCGGCUAGAGGACUUGCCGAGCGAUACCUUUCGAGGAUUGAACAAGCUGCGGUAUCUCUACUUAAAUGACAAUCGGAUAACGAGCGUUUCCAGGUCGCUCCUCCGCGACUUGGUCAGUCUGAGAAGGCUCGAUCUUCAGCAGAACGAGAUCAGCGCUCUCGAGCCGGAUACGUUCAGGGAUCUGUCUCAGCUGAAACUACUAGACCUGAGCGGAAACAAACUGUCUCACAUUGUAGUCGGCACUUUUGCCGGACUUUCCAAUCUGGAAGGCAUCGUGCUGUCCGACAAUGGCAUCCACACGGUGGACAAUGGCACUUUCGCUGAUCUCGUCAAACUGCGAUAUCUCCACUUCGAUGGCAACAACUUCGAAAUUGACAAGGAGGUCAGCGGCUUCCCACAUGUCACUGUUUUUACGAAAAUUUAGGGAUUAUUUAUAUAUCGCAAGGUGCAAUCAACCCUUGAAUUUUGCUAAGUUUUUUAUAUAUUACAAUACAUUUCAUGCAUUCACCGGUACAGAGUAUAGUAACUCUGUUCAAUGCGCAAUGAUUUAUGAAAUAUUAAUGUUUGAAAUGUUUUUUCAAUAUUAAUAAUAAAUGAACCAUGUUUAUGCAAAGAAGUCGCAUUCAUAAAAUGUGCAAAUUAGUAAUGUGUUUUAAAUGUUUCUAUGAUAGAUAUUCUGCAAAAACAUGUACAGAUUGUGAUUAUAAUCAAGAGUGCACAAAUUGGCCGAAGAUUAAUUGUCAUGGAAUGUAUUUUUGUUACUGUGUAUGUGACAAUUACGGACAGGAAAAAUUUUAAACAUUAAUGUUUCAUAAACUAUUGCGCAUUGGAAAGGUUUACUCUAUUUUAUAUUAGUGAAUGGGAUGUACUGUAACAUAAAAAUUGAGGAGGUCAAGGGUUGGUUAUCUUCUUCUCAGCGUUGAAUGCUUCCCGACAUAAGAAAUAAAUAAAUAAAAUUUUUAAUCGCAA